AUGUCAUUCUUUAGAAAUUUAACACAAAAAAUCAGUCAAUCAUUAAAAUCACCAGCACCAGCAGUUAGAUUUUCAGCACCACCAAGCAAUGCUUUUAAUGUUAGACCAGUUGAACCAGCAGAAGAAAUGAUUAAUAAAGUUAGACCAGUUGAAAUUGAAGGUUCAAGUGUUGGUUGUGAUGGUGGUAAUGGUCCAUUAGGACAUCCAAUGGUUUAUAUUAAUCUUGAUGGUAAAGAACCUCAACCAUGUGGUUAUUGUGGUCUUAGAUUCGUCCAAAAACAUGGUCACCACCACCAUUAA